ACUCUUCUUUGGAAUUGGUACAGUUUGAUCCUGAGAGGGUCAUUUCAGACAUGAAAGGUUAUGUCAGUUUUUCUCUCUCCACGUGUGGGUGCCUGACCUGCUGAGAUGGUGCAACAUUUCUGUUUCCAUUUUUCAUCUAAUUUCAAUCCUGGAAUAUUUGUGAUCGUCAGCUCAAUUGUAUUCUGCAUCUAGCAAAUGAAUUUUUGUGGCUGGGGGAGUUUGUAGACAUUAAAAAUUUCAUAAUUCUUUUUAAGUUAUGUAACGUUUUGCUGCUAUAAUCCCUUUCCUAGGUCUCCUCCUGUAGACUUUGCUGCUGGCAUGUCCGUGCUCGACCAAUCUGUUCUACCACAGUCGUCAUCUUUUGUAUUUCAACCCAACCCAAGUUCCACCAGCUUUAGCAACAACAUUUCAUCUCCAGUGUCUCACCAUCAGAAUAUGAUCUCAUUCAGGACCAGUGUAUCCAACUCUACCACCAAUACAGUGACUAUUUGCCAUGACAUGGCUACCUUAAACUGCCCAUCACGUUCAUCACCUUUAUACAAUGGCUUUCAAGUCCUUAGUCAUUCACAAUCUUCGAGACCCAGUGGGAAAAGGCACUUUCUUCCUGAAGCUCCCAAUAAUGUUGCUUCCAACAUGGCAGUGGGGCAAUAUGGGAACGGUGGUUUGAUGGGCAGCCGCAUUGGAUUGGCACUGUUUGGUGCAUGCAGUGGCAACAGAGCUUUGUUUAAAAGCAUUGAAGAAGAGAGUGACUGCUGCUUGCUGUACAUUGUAGAGGAUUGCAUCCAGGACUUGGAAUGUUCCUUCAGCACGGACAUUCUUGCAAACACCAGGGUCUUACGGGGGCAGGAUGCUGACAUUGUGCUCAAUGACGAACGUGUCUCAGGAAUUAUUAUUUGUUCAUUGGCAGAAGAAGGCUCCGAAAUAGUCCUGGAUGCUUUACGUGCAGGUAAAGGGGUAUUCUGUGAAAAGUUACUGAGUUUAGACAAACAAAUGGCUGAGUCAUGUUUUGAUGAAGCUGCAAGAUGUGGGCAACCUCUGGUCUGUGGUCUGUAUAAACGUUUUGAUCCAGCCGUGCAGUUCUUGUAUAAGAAGGUUCACAAUAAGGCUCUAGGGAGGAUUCAACGAAUAGUCAGUGUCAGUAGAACCUUCCCAUCUCCAUCUCUAAGCUAUAUCAAAAAAGCAGGUGGGAUAUUCUACGAUGGUGUAGUACAUGACCUAGAUACUGUCUGCUGGCUACUUGGGGAAAACGCUCCAGAUACCAUAUUCUCAUUGGGUCAUGCCUUCUGCCAAGAUAUUGCAGCACUUAAGGAUGCUGACACAGUCUCAGUCAGCAUGAAAUUUGCCAGUGGUGCUAUAGUCACGCUUGAUGUCAGCCAGCAUUGUACACGCAGCAUUGACCAGAGGUUGGAAGUUCAUGGAUCAGAAGGAACACUAAGGAUGGACAAUCAGAGUGCCCUUGGAAUAACUGAACAAGGCACACCAAGACCUGUAUGCUCCCAAUUGCAUUAUGACCGAUACAAAGAUGCUUAUAGAGAUCUGAUGAAACACUUCCUCAAAACUCUGAAAGGGAAGGAAGAGCCAUUUAUCACAAAGGAGAACUUCUUGUGGACAAUUCAGGUUGCAGCGGCUGCAGAACAGUCUUGGAGGAAUGGUUCGGCAGUGGAUCUGCGGAAUGAAGCCCUUGAUGGCACUGUUAUUAAAACUGAAGUGCCCUGAAAGAAACAACAAAUGCCAAGAGGUUGAAGACCAUGUUUACUUACAGUCUGCAGCAGUAACUCAUUGGAUUUGGGGGCAGGGGGAGCAGUGAAGAAAUAAAGUGAACAGAGAGCUGUUUCAUAAACUGUUCAUUCCUCUUGUGAACCAAUACUUCUAAAGGAAAUGUUUUAUUCUGAGUAGUGGGUUGAACUGAUAGCAAGUAGACCAGCCUGAUAUGAGUGUUAGAGGGGGUUCGGGGAUGAGCAGGGAGAGCAGGGACGGGAUGUUUGAAGAAAUGAGUUAACCCACUGUGCAGGUUUGAUCCUGCAAUAUCCCACUGAAAACGUGUUGCCGUACUAACACUCGGCAGUUGGCUACACCCAAAAUUGAAUGUUGCACAGGAGAAAGUGGGAGCUCCAACAUAAACGUCAGAAGUAUCUGUAGGAUCAGUAGAAACCUGUUCUAUCUCCCUCCCUCCUUUCUAGCCCCCCCAAAUCAUACUGCAUUUGCCCGUUUCAUGUGCUUUUCAGCAGCGACUAACAGAUGAUUAUUCUAGCCAUUGUCUCCCUAUAAGUGUUUUGAACUUGAGAAAAAUACAGAUGGAAUUUGGGCACUUCAGUGUAGGUGAGGCCCUCCCAACAGUACAUCAGGGCUGUGUGUGAAGGCUGUCUUUAAAGGCCUAGGUUAAAUAUCUAUUCAUUAGUCUAUCAUGGGAUUAAUUUAAGAAAAACUACCCAUGAAUUAGAAGCAUAUUUCCAUAUGAUUUAAUGAUUUGAUGGCCUUGCGGUAGCAUGAGUACUUACCGAUAUGAUUCGGUCUUUGCACGAAAUUUUACUGUACUUCAGAUGCAAUACUGGCAUUUUUACAAUCCCUGUAAUUUAAUUAAUUUAACAAAAUUUGGCCUAAUGGAGGUUGAAAAGGCAAUUUAUUUAGAAAUAUAAGUGCUUUUAUAUUUGUAAUUAUUGGACAGUUUAGGAUUGCUUCUAAACAUGAAUACAAUUGCUGGACUCCUACCAAUGACACAGCUAGAGUUGGGGGCUAGGGUUUGGACACUUAAAAAGAAAGUAACUCUUUUUUUAAGCAAAUGACUUAGAAAUGAAUGGUAAUUUUUAUUUAAAACUGUGAACUUUUUAAUAGAUAUAGAGAAUUUUCUUCUUUUUGUCUAAAAUGCAUUGUGUGAAUACAGCAGGUCUUAAGUUCACCCGUAAUGUUGCAUCACCAUUUACAUUAACGUUAACAGUUCACUGGGUGGUGGAAGGGCGAGGAGAGGCUCCUUCUGUUAUCAGCCAGGUUCAGGGCAACAACAAACCAGCUUUCGUUGUCUAAGACAGAAAUCCUGGGCCCGUGCCCAUAUUUAAGCCAGAGUGGUCAGAAACACUGGAAUCAAAAUCAGCAGAAAAAGGCUGUCUGCCUCAACAAAACACAGUGCAUUUUCAGAAUUACAUUGGCGUUUCCACUGUGUUGCAACUCAAGAAUAUUCUUGGAUCAAUAGAUUCCAGAAAGCCUUUUAUGUGACUUCUUUUCAAGGUGAAGUCUGGAGUUGAUGUUGGGAGAGUGUUUUUUGCAAAGAUGUGGAAGAAUAGCUUGAUUACGUAACAACAGUAAAAGCUAUUGCCUAAUGCAGUUAGAUAUCGAACUUUGAUAUAAGUAUGCGCUUUUCAGUUAGGUCACUGGGGGAUUUCAUUAUUACACUUCUCACUGGAUGUUAAUUACUGCCUGUUCUAAUUGUCCUUGAACUAGACUAGGGUAUUUUCAGAGGGAAAAUAAGAUUCGGCCAUAUUUCAGUGGGCCUGGAGUCAUAUGUAGGCUGGACCAAGUAAGGAUGUCAGAUUUACUUGAAGGUGAUUACUGAAUAACACAGGUUUUUACAACAAUCACUGACAAUUUCAUGGUUACCACUGCUGAGACCAGCUUUAUAUUCCAGAUUUUAUUAAUUAAAUUUAAAUUCCACAGCUGCCAUGAUGGGAUUUGAACCUGUGUCCCCAGAGCAUUAGCUUGGAUCUCUGACUGAAGUUCAACAUGUAGCUGAUAAUUUAGACCAGGAUUGUUGCCCUGAUUUCCAUAUUCUUUCUCAACAGCGUUACUGCAGAGAUAGGAGGUUGGCAGUCUGAUAUUUCAUUCAGAAACCAGUGUACGCAGUUCCCUUGUGAGAAAGCACUGACACUGAAUAUGGUGAAAGAGAAGGGAAUCAGGAUUAGUUGCUAUCAAGAAAAACAAAAGAACUGUGGAUGCUGGCCUGUUGGCAUUUGUGAAGAGAAAGCAUAAUUAAUGUUUUGGGUCAAUUGACCCUUCUGAACUGCUAUCUAACUUGGAUCUGAAGAUAAUGAGAAGAUUAACUUAAUUCCAAGCUCUGAAAUGCCCAGUGCAGACUGUGCAAUCGCCGCUGGGCAACUUGGCUCUAUUUCCUCGUGGGAGACUACACUGAUCAUUCCAAGUAUUUAAGAAUGAAUACAAUUUGCAACACAUAGUGCAGACCAAAACUAUAAUUCCCAUAAAUAAUUAAAACCUUUUUAAUUGUAAUAAACUUCAUGUCUGCAGGUCUAAUGUCCUAAAUUUGCCUUUUUAUGGUGGUCUUGGUGACAAGUUAAUAAACCCUCUCAUUAGAGAUUUCA